AUGAUGCGUCUUCGCGUGUCCUCGCUGCAGCGCUCGGGGCAGAAGCGUCAGGACGGCGAGCGCCUGCUUCUUCCCCACGAAGCCGUGUAUCGUCUGGACUUCAACAUCCAGGGGCUGAACUUCUCCCGCUGGUGUUUCUCCCUCUCCGGCCACGGCCGUGUCACCAUCACUGGUAUUUCCCAGAACUGGACCCCCGACCUCACCCACCUGAUGACCCGGCAGCUCCUGGAGCCCAUCGGGACCUUCUGGCGAAACGCCGACGACCCCGAGGACUCGGCGAUCAAGUGCCUGGAGGCGGACAUGCAGGAGUUCUGCGAGAGGAUCGCUGAGCUGGCCAAGGUCAGGAAGGUCAUGUACUUCCUGUUUGCUUUCAAGGACGGAGCCGAGGCCGCGAACCUCAGCUGCUCGCUGGAGUUCACACCAGAAAUAUGACUUCUCUCUUUUCACCAGAACAAACCUGUAGCUGCAAUAUUCUGUUCAAUGUUUGACCUUCAAGAAAAACACACUCCAGCAGCAGAGAGAACCAAUCGUUGACUGUCUCCUUCCAGCUCAGAGUUUUAAUGUUAACGUUUUCAUAAUAUAAACAUUUAGUAAAAAAACGAAUCAUCUAUGAGAAGAAAUUAAGAAGUUUAACUGCACUUUACUUCGACCUAAUAUGGAACAAAUUCUCUUUUCAUGUUGCUACUUGAUCAAUGUAUCAUAAAUCAUCAAUAUUCCAAUAUUUUAAAUUCAUAUAGAAACAUGGGAACU